UUAGUCUACUUCCACAAGAUCCGUCUUCACGUUGAGUCUCCUGAAACUCUAGUGUCGGCUGUCCAGGGGAGUAACGCUACACUGCCGUGUCAUUACCGCUACGAGCCUGAGCUCAGCGCGCCGCGCAAAACGCGGGUCAAGUGGUUCUGGCAGCCGGUGAGCGGCGAGGGGCAGGAGCGUGACGUCAUGGUGGCCAUCGGCACACGUCACCGGAGUUACGGAGACUUCAAAGGACGAGUGCGGCUCCGCCGAAGCGCCCCGGGAGAUGCGUCCCUCGUCAUCAACCCGCUACAGUCCGACGAUACCGGCCGUUACCGGUGUGAAAUUAUUGAUGGUCUAGAAGACGAGAGCGUGACGGUGCAGCUAAAGUUUCGAGGUGUGGUGUUCCCCUAUCACUCCUCUAGGGGGCGCUAUCUGAUGAACUUUCAUGAGGCUAAGGAGGCAUGUGAGAAGCAGGAUGCACACCUGGCUACCUUUGAACAGCUCUACGCUUCUUGGGAUGAAGGGCUGGACUGGUGUAACGCUGGGUGGCUCAUGGAUGGGACGGCACAAUAUCCCGUCGUAGAGCCACGAGAGGCUUGUGGUGGCACCGAACUGGCACCUGGUGUACGGAGCUACGGCGUUCGGGACAAAAGUCUGGACCGGUUUGAUGCCUUCUGCUUCACUUCGUCCAUUAGAG